ACAACUUAGUGCUGCUUUUUUCAUCAAACGCACCAACCACUGAGCACUACCGGGAUUUAACUCGCGCAAGAAAACUGCUGAGAUUGCUUUAUAUUGCUGUGGUCGACUUUGAAUUUCUUUUCUGAUUUCAUAUCAUUAUGCAAGAAAAUGUUUUUUCCUGUGUUAUGCCAUUAUAAUUAGCACUUUAUUGCCUUACACUUUACUGAUAUUUAAUUCAAAGUACUUGCAUAGUUUAGCUCGUGUUUGCUUAACAGGAAUAAAUCUGUAGUAUUACUUCGAUAGUAAUUUAGUAUCCCAAUAAACUUUUUGUAGUCGAAGGGACUUCACAUCAGUGCAGUUUUGUAAAAGUCGCACUGAUCCUUUCUAAUAUGAGGCAUUUGAAAUUUGUACUCGUGUUGGCAAUCGCUGUCAACCUUUGGGAGUGUGGUGAUGCAAAAUUUGGCGAAAAAGGCGAAAUAAAUCCAAGGAGGAGGAGAUGUUACGAUGGAAGUCUGCCGAAACGUCUGAAGAAAAAAGAGCGAAAACUGUCACUGGACGCGAGCAGCAGCGGGGAGGUUUGUCACAGGCUGUAUCCGCGCGUGACCUGCUGUCCGACCAGGAGAGCUCCGUACCAGCUCCUUCAGCGGAGGGAUGCCAGGACCUUUUCCACCAAUAACACAGAGUGCUCUCGCUUGCUGGAGGAGAUCAAGUGUGCCCACUGCUCACCCCAUGCACAAGUGCUCUUACACUCGCUGGAGCACGAGUCUACGCCACUCCACCACACGGGCUUGCCUCGGCUCUGCAACAGCUACUGCAGAGAGUUCUACUACACCUGCAGACGGCACGUACCAGAGCUGUUCCAGGCUGACGUGGAUGAGUUCUGCCAGUACUAUGGGCGGAGUGACGGCGGCAUGUGUUUUCCCGACUUUCACCCUCAACUGCCACAUGGGCACCAUUCCAACUAUCUGGAAGACGAGAGAAUAGACGCCAUCAACAGGAAGCACAAACACAACUGCUACUGCGUCCAGGAGGUCCUGACUGGGCUGCAGCGGCCCACUGCCGUGGUUCACUGUGGUGAUGGCUCCCAGCGCCUGUUCAUCCUGGAGAAGGAGGGCUUUGUGCGUAUCCUCAUGCACAACAUGGAACUCCUUAAGGAGCCCUUCCUGGACAUCCACAAACUGGUGCAGGCUGGGAUCAAGGGAGGAGAUGAAAGGGGCCUACUAAGCCUGGCAUUCCACCCCAAUUACAAGAAGAAUGGAAAACUCUACGUCUCCUACACGACAAACCAAGAGCGCUGGGCAAUCGGACCCCACGACCACAUACUCCGGGUGGUCGAGUACACAGUGUCCAGGAAAAACCCCAACCAAGUGGACACUAGGACCACACGGGUCUUAAUAGAGGUGGCAGAGCUCCACAGAAAGCAUCUAGGGGGGCAGCUGAUGUUUGGGCCUGAUGGCUUCCUCCACAUUUUUCUGGGAGAUGGCAUGAUCACUUUGGAUGAUAUGGAAGAGAUGGAUGGUCUGAGUGAUUUCACCGGAUCUGUUCUGAGGGUUGAUGUGGAUACAGAGUGUUGCUCCACCCCUUAUGACAUACCCAAGAACAACCCCUACUUCAACAGCACCAAUCAGCCACCAGAAAUCUUUGCUCAUGGGCUGCAUGACCCAGGCAGGUGUGCUGUGGAUAAGCUUCACAUGGACACCAAUGGGAGCCUCCUGAUCUUGUGUACUGAUUCCACUGGAAGGAACACAACAACAGGAAGGCUUCUGCAGAUCAGCAAAGGCAAAGACUACGAAAAUGAACCAUCUAUCUUUGAUUUGGGGUCUAUUGGUGGUGCUGUCCCAGUUGGUGGGUUCAUCUACAGAGGCUGUCAGUCAAGGAGACUUUAUGGAAGUUAUGUAUUCACCGACAAAAGUGGAAACUUCAGGGUCCUUCAGAGGCCUGCUGAGGACCGACCAUGGCAGGAAAAGCCACUUUGUCUGGGAAGCAGCAGUUCAUGUGGUUCCUCGCUGAUAGGGCACAUACUGGGCUUCGGUGAGGAUGAACUAGGUGAGGUCUACAUCCUGGCAUCAUACAAAAGUUUGGCCUUACAGUCACACAGCGGGAGGCUCUACAAGCUUGUGGACCCUAAAAGGCCUCAGGUGCCUAAGGAGUGUCGUCGUCCAGUGGAGGCUCCUGAGAUGCUGAGCAGCAGCUGCUCACGCGAGUGCAGAAACGGCUACUGCACCCCGACAGGCAGGUGCUGCUGCAGUAAAGGCUGGGAGGGUCCCUACUGCAUACGGGCCAAAUGUGAGCCUGCCUGCCGCAAUGGCGGCGUCUGCAUUGAGCCCAGCAAGUGCUUGUGUAAGGAGGGCUUCUCCGGCUCCCAGUGUGAGAAGGGGGAGCGGGGUGUGCAGACGGACCGAGACAAGGAUGGGCUCUUGGAUCACAUCAUUGACAUGACAUCAUACCUGCUGGACCUCACCAGUUACAUUGUAUAAGGGAAUAGAAAAAAGAAUCCACUCUGAUAUUUAAGGGUUGGUUUUCAGACCACCACCUGCUUCCAACUGCAUACCAGCGUACAGAUCACCAUGACCAUUACUAUCCGUUCCUCUGGUUCCAGGCACCAGUGAUACAGUUCAGUUAAUACUGGUUGUGCCAUGUUUGGUUUAGACAUUGAAAACUGGUUGUUUGGGCAAAUAUCAACCAAUGAAAUCACGCUGUUGUUACCCAGACUGACUUUUUUCCAGCUUUUUAAAAAAUUAUUUUUAAACAAUGAUCCCACCUUGACAUUCAU